CUGCAUGCCUGAGAGGAGUUGGUAAAUUGACACGGACUAGCUGCAUAGACUUUGCCUCUUUGAGGAGACCUUUUUGUAAAGUGUGAAGGUGUUGAGAAUCCUGGGUUCGUUAUUAAGUCAACGGAAUAUCCCUGCAGGAGUAGACGUCUGAUUACUGCGCUCUGAGAUCUAGGCUGUGAAGAAAACAAACCGCCAACAUGUCUGAAAAGAAGAUGACUUCGAGCCGCAGGCAUCACCUAAAGAGUGUGAUGCUCUCUAUUGCGGCCAGCUGGAUUGAGCAGGAGAAGAAAGACAUUGUAGCAACUAAAGCAGCCUACAUAGCUGAACACUGCCCCCCACCGAGCAUGGGCGGAGACCAGAACACCCUCAUGGAAACCUGCAAAAAGCUGCACGCCCUCAUUGACAAAAUUGAUGAGGAGAGGUAUGACCUGCUGGCCAAAGUGGGAAAGGCAGAUAAAGAGAUUGACGACCUGAAAAUCAAAGUGGUCGACUUGGCCGGUGUGAAGAAACCCGCUCUGAGGAAAGUGCGUAUGUCCGCCGACGCCAUGCUCAAAGCUCUGCUGGGCUCCAAACACACAGUAAACCUGGACCUGAGGGCCAACCUGAAGCAGGUCAAGAAGGAGGUGAAGGAGGAGCCUGGCGAGGCGGUCGGUGACUGGCGUAAGAACAUUGAGGACAAGGCCGACAGGAAGAAGAUGUUCGAGACCGCUUAAGGGAAAUAACCUUGCUCUAGAACUUACUCUGGGCUUUUAGAACUUUUUAUGGAAUUUAUGAAAAUGUUCAUGGAUUUAAAAAAAUCUUUUGUUUCAUUCAAUCUGUAAGUUUCAGCUCUGUCUCUGUACAUUUGUAAAGUAAAGUCGCAGUGACAGGAA